UACUUGGUAUGACCAAACAGACGUUGCUCUUGCAGAGAUAAAGAUAAGGUUCGAUAGUGAAAGCAAAACCGUUACUAAUGGCUUCUUUACACGAAGCUCUUUUCUCUUCUCGGCUUCAAUUCUAUACGUCUUCCAUUAUCUCUACUUCUUCUUCAUCUUCGUCCUUCCGUUGUGCUCUUCCAGUUUUCUCUAAUCUCUCUUCACCAGCCGCGAGCUCUUGCGGAAUCAAAUCGACCCAGUUUCUUAGGCGGCGUUCUAGAGCCAAAUUGACGGACUUUUCUCUUUCUUCUCUGUCUCGGAGAGGGUUUGUCUGCAGAGCUUCCGAGUAUAAAUUUCCGGAUCCCAUACCGGAAUUCGCCGAAGCUGAGACUGAGAAAUUUAGGGACCAUAUGCUAAAGAAACUAUCCAAGAGAGAUCUUUUUGAAGACUCCGUUGAUGAAAUCGUCGGAGUCUGCACUGAGAUAUUCGGGACAUUCUUGCGCAGUGAGUAUGGAGGACCCGGAACACUCUUGGUCAUACCCUUCAUCGACAUGGCAGAUACUCUCAAUGAAAGGGAAUUGCCUGGAGGUCCCCAAGCUGCUCGAGCAGCUAUUAAAUGGGCUCAGGAUCAUGUAGACAAGGACUGGAAGGAAUGGACCGGUACUGAUUAGUAUUAACCUCGAAUCCUCAAAAUAUAAUUCGUCGGAGUCAUUUAGUUCAGUAGUGAUGUAUCAGAGGAUAGAAGUGUCGUUGUAAAACUCUGAAUUUUGAGAUAUUGGUCUGUUAUAGUGUCUGUUCUAAUAA